GAGCCAGUAGAGGAUCCUAAUUCGUGUCUGACACCCAUAUAAAUUUUUUAUUAGGCUCUACGGAUAACGGGGGAGAGGUAGAAUUUACGCAGAGAGUGCUUCGUCAGUAUUCAUGGUAAGAAUGGUAGGAGCUUCGUCUAUUCAGCCUCGAAUCCUCUGUUCGUUUGUAGGAGGAGACUAUAGCUUCAUUCAAUCGACCCGUCCUCUUCAUCCUCUCUUCCGCUAUAACCCAGGAAGCAAACAUGUGUUUAUGCAAUUGUCGAGAACAUUUUCUGGCUUAACCAAUCUCCUAUUCAAUAGAAGAAAUCUUGAUGAAUUGCCAGGCAGCAAGCGUAGAAGUCUGAGGCCAGGAAAAGUGUCUCCUCAUCGACCUGUUCCAGAUGACAUACCACAGCCUCCUUAUGUCAAAUCUCGAAAACCACCUGGAAUUGCUAGUGGACCUGAAGUGCACAAUCAGAAGGGGAUAGAUUGCAUGAGAGCUUCUGGAAGGCUUGCUGCACAAGUUCUUGAAUAUGCUGGGACUUUAGUCAAGCCAGGCAUAACUACAGACGAAAUUGAUCAAGCAGUUCACCAAAUGAUUAUUGACAAUGGAGCAUAUCCUUCGCCUCUUGGCUAUGGUGGGUUUCCAAAGAGUGUCUGCACAUCAGUGAAUGAAUGCAUUUGCCAUGGAAUACCAGAUUCCCGCGCACUUGAGGAUGGUGAUAUUAUCAAUAUUGAUGUCACCGUUUAUUUAAAUGGUUAUCAUGGUGACACAUCUGCAACUUUCUUUUGUGGAGAUGUUGAUGACGAAGCCAAAAACUUGGUACAGGUUACAAAAGAAUGCCUAGACAAGGCAAUAUCAAUAUGUGCACCGGGAGUGGAGUACAAGAAAAUUGGCAAAAUAAUACAGGAUCAUGCAGAUAGACAUCGCUAUGGUGUUGUGCAACAGUUUGUUGGUCAUGGAGUGGGGCGUGUUUUCCAUGCUGAUCCAGUUAUUCUUCACUACAGGAACAAUGAACAUGGACGGAUGAUGUUGAAUCAGACCUUCACAAUUGAACCAAUGCUGACAAUAGGUAGCAUAAAUCCCAUAAUUUGGGAUGAUAAUUGGACAGUUGUCACAGAGGAUGGAAGUCUAUCAGCGCAGUUUGAGCAUACCAUUUUAAUAACUCCAGAUGGUGCUGAGAUACUAACCCAGUGUUAAACAUGGCAGAUUCUUCCCGAUCCUUCCUUACACCCCCACAAAAAAAUUAUUUUAUUUGUUUUUGUGUGUACAUUUUUGUUUAGUGUGGUGUGCUGGGUGGAAGGAGGGUUAGACAUGAUUGGAUGUUCCUCUCCCAAAUAUAACUCUUGAAUUUGGAUGAGGUGUUGUAAAUUUUUUUUAUUAAUAAUACGUUUGCUUCCUGCAAA